UUACGUCACGUAAAUAACGUUAAAAACAAGUUUGCUUGAAAAAAAAAUCUCCCUAAAAUGGGGGCUGUUCGGCCAAUCCAACCCGUGACUCCAGUUAACAACCAGUAUCUUGCAAGAAGAUGGGAUCAUGAAAUUUUCAAUACUCAUCGAAAGAAAGUUGCGGCAGCAAAAGCAGUUAUUGACAAUGAUCCACCACGGGUGCAUAUGCACCUACAUAUAAAGCUGAAGAAGUUGCAGUUUGAAGCGGAGCGGCUUGCUACGAUUGAGCGUGACAAUAGGAUCCUGCUCGAGAAAAUGGCACAUAUCAUGAGGUCGGGUGGUGCGGUGGACAACAAGAAAGAAGAUUAUCAUCUAAAGAGUUUAAACAAGAUAAAGAGACAGCGGGAACUAUUGAGAAUAACGCAUGAGAAUCUCGCUAUCCUCAAACGCUUGAUGACAAAAGAUCCACACUACAACCACAAGAAAUGGAAUCUACAAUGGCAGGUUAACCAGCAGUAUUUGGUGAAUAUUUCAAAGUACUCUCAUCCCUGGCGCCAAGAACAGAGUCCUUAUAUAUCACAAAUUGAAAGACAAAAUAUGGCCAACAAACUGAUCAACAAAAAGGUGCAUUCUCCAGUCAAAUCAAAAACAACUACACCAAACCCCGGAACUCGCAGUGUAGGAAGGACUCCGAAUCCGGUCAGAACACCAGUACGUAGCGACACUAGCAUUCGUAGAACUUCAGCAAAGUCGACGGCAAAGAAAACCUCAACUCCGACGGUUGAUGUUUCGGAAACGCCGACGGUUGAAGUUUCGGUAACGCCAACAAUUGAAGCCAACAAUUGAAGUCGUGGUUGAUUGUGACGAAUGUGCUACUCCAAUAUUCGAUAUCAAUUUUGCAUAGACAGUAACGCUUUCUUUCGUUUUUUUUUCUGUUUGAAACUCUAUGAAUAUAAAAUAAAAAAGAAUGUUUUUAUUGA